AAACGUUUUCGUUCAUGCUAACAGCUGAUUGUCGUUUGUUUAUUUAUUUUUCUUCAAAGACGAAGCCUGUUGAACUUUUUAUUAAAAUUAUUCCUUUCGCAAAGUUAAAUGAAUGUGUUUACUUUCUUAUUUAUAAUAAGCGCAAUUUGCAGCCUUGACGCCUUUAAAACAGCCGUUGUUCCCAAUGAGUUCAUCGUUCACUUCCAUUCCAAAUACCUUGCUCCGGUACGAGAAUCCUACAUCGCAGCAAAACUUCUUGGUUCAAACGUAACGAACUGGGAAAUUGUUCCUCGUCUAAAUGUGGCUUGGCAAUAUCCAAGUGAUUUUGAUGUCUUGCGAGUUUUCGACGAUAAUGAAUCAUCUUCAGCGUUUAUAAUAGAAAGGCUUCUAACUCACCCCUCAGUAAAGGCAGUAGUUCCCCAGCGAAGCGUGCGACGGAUCCUGAACUAUGACCCCUAUAGCAACCUAACGUAUGUUCACCGCCAUCCCCAAGGAGUGCUAAGGAACAGAAAUACAAACAACGAUCGGCACCGACAAGUGUGCUCCGUACUCCACGCCAACAUCCUUUGGAAGCUGGGAAUCACAGGCAAGGGAGUCAAAGUGGCCAUUUUCGACACUGGCCUAACUAAAAACCAUCCACACUUUCGAAAUGUAAAGGAACGAACGAACUGGACGAAUGAAAAGUCGCUUGACGACAGAGUCAGUCAUGGCACCUUCGUCGCCGGGGUAAUCGCUUCCUCCAGGGAAUGCCUCGGCUUUGCUCCCGACGCCGAUCUCUACAUAUUUAAAGUUUUUACGAACUCCCAAGUAUCUUACACUUCCUGGUUCCUAGAUGCAUUCAACUACGCGAUAUAUAGGAAGAUAAACAUUCUCAACCUUAGCAUUGGUGGUCCCGACUUUAUGGACUCGCCGUUCGUUGAAAAGGUGUUGGAACUAUCGGCCAAUAAUGUCAUAAUGAUAUCGGCGGCGGGAAAUGAUGGUCCUUUGUACGGCACGCUAAACAAUCCUGGCGAUCAGAGCGAUGUAGUUGGCGUCGGUGGUAUUCAGUUUGAUGAUAAAAUCGCCAAGUUUAGUUCGAGAGGAAUGACCACGUGGGAACUUCCCUUUGGCUACGGACGCAUGGGACUUGAUAUUGUGACGUACGGAAGUCAAGUGGAAGGCAGUGAUGUUCGUAAGGGGUGCAGACGACUCUCUGGAACAUCCGUUUCCUCUCCAGUUGUUGCAGGGGCUGCUGCCCUGCUUAUAAGCGGUGCAUUUCAGAAAAUGGACUUCAUAAACCCAGCAUCUCUUAAGCAGGUACUCAUUGAAAGUGCCGAGAAACUGCCGCAUUAUAACAUGUUUGAGCAGGGAGCUGGAAAACUGAAUUUGCUGAAGAGUAUGCAGCUAUUGCUGUCAUACAAACCAAAGAUAACUCUUAUUCCGGCAUACCUUGACUUCACCGAAAACUAUAUGUGGCCAUAUAGCUCCCAACCGCUGUACUAUGGAAGCUCCGUGGCCAUUGCAAACGUAACCAUACUCAAUGGUAUCUCUGUCACAAGUCAGAUAGUUGGCAUCCCUAAAUGGAUUCCCGAUAUUGAAAACCAAGGUCAGUUUCUUCAAGUAUCCACACAAGUUUCGCCUAUCGUUUGGCCGUGGACCGGAUGGAUGUCAAUUUAUAUUGCUGUCAAAAAGGAAGGAGAUAACUUUGAAGGUGUUUGUAAAGGAAGUAUCACCUUAGUUGUGGAAAGCUUUAAACAGUCCACCAACGAAACUUAUGUUACAGAAGUCGACUUUCCUUUAACAAUAAAGGUAACUCCAAAACCGCCAAGAAACAAGCGGAUUUUAUGGGACCAGUAUCACAGCCUAAGGUAUCCACCGCGAUAUAUUCCACGAGAUGAUCUCAAAGUUAAACUAGAUCCUCUGGACUGGAGGGCAGACCAUAUACACACAAACUUUAAGGAAAUGUAUACACAUUUACGAAAUGUGGGCUACUACAUUGAUGUAUUGCGAGAACCCUUCACCUGCUUCAACGCCUCGGAUUAUGGCGCGUUAUUGAUUGUUGACCCUGAGAGAGGGUUUGCAGACGAGGAAAUAAACGCUUUACAGGAAAACGUGUAUAAAAGAGGCUUGAAUGUCGUCGUAUUCGGAGACUGGUAUAACACCACUGUGAUGAAAAAAAUUAAAUUCUUUGACGAGAACACCCGACAAUGGUGGACACCCGACACCGGUGGCGCCAAUAUUCCAGCCUUGAAUGAUUUGUUGAAGCCAUUUGGAAUUGCUUUUGGCGAUUUUGUCGGAGAGGGACAUUUCAAACUGGGCGACCAUUCGAUGUACUAUGCUAGUGGAGCCACAAUUAUUAAGUUUCCAAUGAAUCCAGGAGAUAUUUUAGUGGGAACAAAACUGAAUGACCAAGGACUUUCGAUUAUAAAUCCUAAAACACCCAGCAAGGCGGCUAAAGUAGAUGUACCUAUUUUUGGUAUGUUCCAAACCAAGGCGAACAGUAUUCAAAGCAACGAGGAAAUCAUUGGCAAUGCGGAAAGCAAUUUGGCAGAGGCUAUUCCAACAGAUUACUCCACAUUUAAGAACCGGGUUUUGCUACUACGAAAGAAGGAGCGAAGUAUCAGUUUUGCGAAAAGCAAUAAUCAUGAAACUAAGAACGAAGGACGUAUUGCAGUAUAUGGGGACUCCAACUGCCUCGACUCCACACAUCUGGAGAAGGCUUGCUACUGGCUGCUAAUAACGUUUUUAGAUUUUGCAAUAAACUCGCACAAAUCUAGUUUAUUGCAAAAUCUAAAUCGUAUAUCUGAAUUUCACAAAUUAGAGAGAGCACCAUUACCCCUUAGGAUAUCGCGAAGUAUUUUAAAAUCAGGUUCACAGGACAACACUUGUGAACAAUUUGAGUGGCUUACACCGACGAAGCGAAAUAACGUUGAGCAAAGAAAAUCUUCUAUAUUAGACGUAGCUACACUGGAAAAUGAAGAAAACGAGAUAAAUUUAAUGAAAAAUUUAUUGGACGAGGAGAUCGCAAAACUAUUGCAAAACAAUGAUUAUUUGACAGGAAUGCAAUCCGCUGAUAGUUUAAUGACUCCAAUUAUAUUCUUAAUUAUAUUGAGCCUAAUUGUUAUAAUAUUAUUUGUUUUAUUUUUAAAGCGUCGAUUUAUUUUGUAAAUAAAUACUUCCAUUUUUUAAAAAUA